AUGAAGCCGCACCACCGCGAUGCGGCGCAGGAGGAGAGAGGCGCCGCCGGCGCAAGGACAAGGCAGCGCCCGGAGGCGCGCACGCGAGAAGGGUUCAGAGUUGCUGCUGUUUAUGUAAAUAAUGAUAACAAACCAGGUCCAAUUUCUGAUAAGUUCAUGCUUGCAAGAGGAGAAGUAGGCAAUGAUCUUGCUGUUCCUACUCUCAAAGAUGCCACAGCCCUGAGCCCCACUGCUCUACACAUCCGAUGGGAGUACACAGCAUCAUCUCAUACACCUGCCCAAGGCUUCUACGUACACUAUCGCCCAGCCAGCACUGCAGGAGACUAUCUUCAGGUGACAGUUGAGGGAGAAAGUGAGCGGGAGUUUACUCUGUCUCAUCUGGAGCCAAAUACAGCUUAUGAAGUCAAAGUGCAAAGUUUCAAUCUGGAUUCUGCUUCAAACUUCAGCAACAUUCGUGCACAGAAAACACUUCCUGCUCCUACGGAAGAACCCCCAUCAACCGAGACAGAUGAGGCUGCGUCUGGCCAAGCCAAUGCCGCUAAGGGACAACUCUUCACUGUCUUAUGGCCAGUACUUGGAGGCCUUGCUGUGCUUGGGCUGAUAUUGGGUGGCAUAUUCCUGUGUCGAAGAAGACGCUUGCAAGCAGGUGAGAGUGAACAUUAUUCUAGUUGA